AAACAAGUAAAACUCAAGAAAUUUUACACUUUUGAGGAUGAAGAAUUGUUGGAGUUUGGUUAUAGGGUUGAUGCUUAUCAUGCUGUUGGCUAUGGCUAGUGCGGGACCGAGUGCCCGCCAAUGCAAGACAGAGAGGGGUCUUGCCUUAGGUGCGUGUAAAAGCGUGAUGUAUGGCCGACAACCAUCAUCAUCUUGUUGCAAACGAAUUCGAGUUAGCCAUGUUGAGUGCAUAUGUCCCGUCCUCACCCCUAGUGUGGUUGCUCUCAUUGAUAUCAAUAGUUUCGUUAAACUUAUCGGAGGUUGUGGACGCAGAUUUCCUCAUAACUUCAAAUGUGGAAGCCUUACCAUACCGUAAAAUAAUAAACAUGAUCAUUAGAGGAGAGGGGAUUAUUCGGAGUGUCAUGACCUCAUGUUGAAGCAUUGAUUUGGGGAAAAUGGUGAAUUUAUGCUUUCAUAUUUGAAGUUAUGGUGUAUUCCUUGCUCAUUUAUGCUUUGUUGCUACUUCUAUCUAUUGUUUGCUAAGGCGUUUGUUUGUUACUUCUUUUGUUUGUGAUCGUUUGUUUGCUACUUC